CGCGUUCCGCGUUCCCUGUGUGGUGAUAGCGGUGAUGCUGAUAAUGCAUGUGAAUAAAAGCGUGCCUUAAAUAUUGCCCAUCAUAAGUGAAUAACCCAAUAAGAAGCUCAAAAACCCCCAUAACACGGCGUAAUGCGGAGUAAUCCCAUAAACUUCCCACAUAAGCACCAACAAUAUAAUCCACCCUAACCUCACUUCUCCUCCUCCUCCGGCCCCCCCUCCUACUAGGAGUCCUAGCCCUCCUCUCAAACGAGAACAAGGUACCUAGUACCUGAACCCACCACAGAGCGAAAACCGAAGUCACGAAUACACACCACCGCCAACUAGGAGCGAGGCUGUGCAGUGGCAGGAUUGCGUGGCAUCGGCGUCGCCAUCGGCGUCGGCGUCGUCGACGUGCUAUAUCUACCGUUUCAGACUGCCGCGCGUGGAGGAUCAGCGGGUGCUGACAGAUGAUUGUCUGUCCCAAAUCCAAUUCCCUUUUACGACUUCCCACGAUCUGUCAAUUACAUCUACCCUACGCUACGAAUAUCACAACACACCGCAGGCGACGACGACAACGAGAGAACGAGAGAGAUACAGGCACGCGUUCACGGAUUCACGCGGCCCGUUCGGAACGCGGGUGCAGCAAGACGGUGGCGCUAAAGACGAAUAUUGGACCCUGACAUCGUCUCCCAAGACGACGCGGUGCGCCGGGCCGAUAAGUGAGGCAGGAACGCGCCUGGCUUCCACGCCUCUGCGACGGAACUGCUUCUUAAUAUACAAGGGCCUUAUAAGAGCGGACGCGCCUGGACGUACGAGCGCUGAGCCGCGGGCCUGGGAAGGACAAUGGUGAACUCUACGUGUAAUGCGACGAUGGAGGAUUUGCGGAUUACGGGCGAGCUGCCGGUGGCGGGGAGUUUGAAUUUCCAUCAGCUUGGGCUGAUUAUCUGCGGUUGCUGCACGACUGUGGCGAUUCUGAUCUCGGCAUACUCGAUUUGGAUGCAUGCGCUGAAUUAUACGAAGCCGAGGGAGCAGAGACACAUAAUCCGCAUCCUCCUAAUGAUCCCCGUCUACGCCAUUGCGCGAUUCCUCUCGUUCUGGUUCUACUACCACAGUGUCUACUUCAGCGUCAUAUCAGACUGCUAUGAGGCCUUCGCGAUCGCCUCCUUCUUCGCGCUGCUGUGCCACUACACCUCCCCCACGCUACACAGCCAGAAAGACUACUUCCGUGCCAUGCACCCCAUCAAGCCAUGGGUGCUGCCCGUCAAGUGGUUCGCCAAGUGCUGUGGCGGGAAGAGGGGCAUCUGGCGGACGCCGAGGAGCGGGUUGACCUGGUUUAAUAUUGUGUGGGCGGGUAUCUACCAGUAUUGCUUUGUGAGAGUCGCGAUGACGAUCACGGCGGUGGUGACGCAGUAUUUCGAUGUGUAUUGUGUGGGGAGCAAUAUGCCGUGGUUCGCGCAUAUGUGGGUCCUGUUCAUCAACGCCAUCGCCGUGACAGUAGCCAUGUACCUCCUAAUCCAAUUCUACAUCCAGCUGCGCGUCGACCUAGCCGAGCACUCGCUCUUCCCCAAAGUCCUCGCCAUCAAACUCGUCAUCUUCCUCUCCUUCUGGCAAACCUCCAUCAUCUCCAUCCUCACCUCCUCCACCGUCCCCAUCCUGCAAGCCAACGCCUACCUCGCCUUCCCCGACCUCUACGUGGGCAUCCCCUCCCUCCUCAUCUGCGUCGAAAUGGCCCUCUUCGCCAUCUUCCACAUCUUCGCCUACCCGCACGCCCCUUACAAGCCCGGCGCCCACCACUCCGGCGAGUCCGGCGCCUCUAAAUAUCCCACCGGUGACCCCGACGACCUCGGCCCUAAACAAGGCGGCUUCCUCGGCGCCCGCGCACUCCUCGACGCCCUCAACCCCUGGGAUAUCGUUAAGGCUUUCGGGCGCGGCAUUCGCUGGAUAUUCGUCGGCGCGCGCCGCCGCAAGCAGGACGCGAGUUAUGCGCGCGACGCCCGCGAUGCGCUGGCGCUGCAGGCGCAUGCUGCGGAGUUAGAGGUGGGGAGGGGCGAGGACACGGCCUACCGACCUCCGAUGAACCAGCCGAUCGCGGAGGAGCCCAGUCGGCGGAAGUUCCGCCCCGCGGAGUAUGGUGGGGAGGAGAACGCGGGGCUGAUCUCGCAAGCGGCUGCGAAUCCGGUGGAUGCGCCGGAGGCCGGGAGGGAGUCGCCGAGUGGACCCGGGAGCUUGUAUAGGCCGAAGGAGCAACGGUAUGAUGGUGCUGCGGGGCAGGAGUUUGGGGGGGCGGCGAUGGGACAGGGGCUCCAGGAGAGGUAUGAUAAUGCGCCGGCGCCAAUGUUUGGGGGGUUGAUUUCGAAUGUUCAUCCUGCGCUGCGGGAGACGCCCGGGUUGGCGCUGAGUCAUGAUGAGGUCAUCAACAACCACAGACAACCCAUCAUCGCGCAAUGCGCCAACUCAACAGCCACCACCCCGCCGCCACCCUCUCCGCCACCCCGCCCAUAAUGAGACCUCGACACCAACGGCCAAUAAUGGGGGCGUCAUGAAGGAAAAAGCGGGAGUUACAGAGCGUUUGGGAUUUGGAUUGGGGUAAUUGACUGGUAUAUAGAGGAAAGGGAUGUAAGGAAGGGAAAGGGGGAAGGAAAUGGUGUGUGU